AUGAGCUCGUCAUGGCUCCAACAUGAACUAACUCAAAACACUAAUCAUAUACACGAUAUUGGGGUGAGUGAAGGUGAGAUAUGUUAG